GAAAGGGUUAAAUAAUCUGGAGCCUCCUACUGACUUACACCCAGAAACACUAUACAUUUGGGCAUUUACCACACUGCUUAUAAUACAGUCAGUGGUGUCACUGCUGCAUUUUAACCAAGAGCUUUCGCAUACUAUUUAAAAAUGGAGAGUUUGAGCCGUGCUAAUAGCGCCUUCGCCCUGGAUCUGUACCGGGCCAUAAGCGCUGAGAACCCGAAUGGAAACCUGUUCAUUUCCCCGCUGAGCAUCAGCGCCGCACUCAGUAUGGUCUACUUAGGAGCCAGAGGAGGGACUGCUGAGGAAAUGGCUCAGGUUCUAUCCUUCAGUUCAGUCCCUGAUGUUCACACCAAUUUUAAGACUCUCAACUCUGCCAUUAACAGCCCCAAAGCCUCCUACAGCCUCCGACUGGCCAACAGGCUUUAUGGAGAGAAGACUUACAAUUUCUUUUCUGAAUAUGUGGACUCCACUCUGAAGUUGUACCAAGCUGACAUGCAGACAGUAGACUUUAUUAAAUCAUCAGAAGAGUCACGGAAGCUCAUCAACCAGUGGGUAGAAGAGAAGACUGAGGGUAGAAUCAAAGAUAUUUUGCAGCCAGAGACGAUCACAUCAAUGACUCGACUUGCCCUGGUGAACGCGAUUUAUUUCAAGGGGAAAUGGAAGCAUGUGUUUAAUACUGUAUACACUAAAGAGAUGCCCUUCAAGAUAAACCAGAAUGAGUCAAAACCAGUGCAAAUGAUGUACCAGGAGAGGAAAUUCCUUUACAACUACAUUGAUGAGUACAAGCUGCAGGUGCUGGAUUUGCCAUAUGUGAAGGAGGAACUCAGCAUGGUGGUGCUUUUACCUGAGGAGUCUGUGGAUGGCUCAGACCCACUUCAGAAGCUGGAGAGUGAACUAACAGUGGACAAGCUGACAGAGUGGACAAAUCCAGAGAAGAUGGACAGAUCAUAUGAAAUACAUGUCCAUCUGCCCAAUUUUAAGCUGGAAGAGCAGUACUCUUUAACAGGGAUCCUGAGUAAGAUGGGCAUGAGAUCUUUGUUCCAGGCCGGUGCUGCAAAUCUGACAGGCAUGAGCCGCCAAGAAGCACUUUUUGUGUCAUCGGUGACCCACAAGUCUUUUGUCGAGGUUAAUGAGGAAGGCACAGAGGCAGCAGCAGCCACAGUCACAAUGGUAAUGAAAACCUUGAUGUGGAUACAAAACAAGUCCUUCACUGCUGACCACCCCUUCCUAUUCUUUAUUAGACACAACCCUACUAAAAGCAUACUCUUUUUUGGAAAGUUCAUAGACCCACAGUAGAGACUUACUGCACA